CUCUGCGGCAGAACGGAUGUGGAGGCGGACAUCCGCAAAAGAUUGUACAAUUUUCUGGUUUACCAAGGCAAAGGGAAAGGAAACUAUGAAUAAGAAGAGCAACGUGUGGCAGUUCUUCUAUAAGACCUCCGGGACCGUGGCCAAGUGCCUCCUGUGCAACAGAAACUACUCGAGGAGGGGACGCGGCACCACCUGUCUGCGGAACCAUCUGAAGAGCAAGCAUCCACCGGAGUUCCUGGCUCUUUCCGGGGACAUAAAGUACCUGGACAUGGUGAAGAGCGAGAUCGCUAUUGGUUCGCCACUGCACCCAACGGCCCAGUUGGAAUUGAAUUUGCAUGAACCAGAUCCCGAUCCCUUGGACACCGAGGACAUUUCUUAUAGCCUGCGCUGUGACGAAAAGUUGGCCCUCAUGCUGCUAAACCAAUCCUUUGAGUUCAUCGAAGGACCCGGGUUCAUAGAUUUGAUAAGGGUGCUGCAGCCCAGAUAUCUGAUUCAGUCCAGGAGCUACUAUGAGAACAUACUGUGUGGUAAUAUAUACCGGAAAAUGCAAGAGCAUCUGAAGCUGCAGCUGGAUCUGCUGGAUGCCAUCUCGUUGUCCACCAGCCUUUGGCGGGGCGACAAAGGCGAAGGACUACUGAGCCUGUCUUGUACUGGGAUCUCAAGGGACUUUAAGACCCACCGCUUUAUGCUUAAGUGCGAGGCUUUAAACUAUGAAAGCACUUCUAAAGUUGCAUGUUCUAUUCGGGAUUUGGUGGCCAGCUUGGCGAUAGAGGUGCCCAAGGAGAAGACGCACUGCAUCAUCAGGGACGAGAUGACUGCUCUGCCCACCCUACCCGAUUGCAGUGUCCAUCGUCUGCAAAUGUGCGUCAGAUUUGCUUUGCAGUCGAACGAAUUGCUCCAGAAUCUGUCGUCAAAGUGCAAGCAAAUAGUAGACCAUUUUGCUUCCUCCAAGAUGGCCAACGAUCAUCUCAAAUUUAUUCAAGAGAUCCGCCUAACGCGAGACCCUUGUACGCUAGAACCCUAUGAUCCUGUCCAAUGGAAUUCGACCUUCAAAAUGAUGGCCAGCGUGAUCAGGAUGAAAGACGCCAUAACCCUGUAUUGCGAAGAGUAUAAUCUAGUCCAAAUAUAUCCCGAUGAAUGGGUAGAAAUAGACUUGUGCAGCAAAGUAAUGCAGCCUUUCGAGGAAACAAUUAAGAUUUGGAGCAAUCCUUCCACGACAACUUCAUCGGUUAUUCCACUCGUGGCCGCUUUACGGGAUUCCCUACGAACCGAUGUCCACAAUUAUGUCUCCUCUGUGACCAUUUGCAGUUUUGCCAGAAAGUUGCUUGAAGAACUGGAAAUGAAGUUCUCCCAUGUCACCUCCGACAUCAAGUUUUUGAUGGCCACCUACUUGGAUCCGAGAUACAAGCAAGCUUUCUUCACCGAGCGAGAGGAGCACUUGGUAGCCAACGAGGUUUUGGCUCUGCUCGCUAGGGCGCAAGAUGAACGCAACGGUCAGGCGCCGUUGAAAAUUAUCAAAGUGACAUCAUCUUCCUCCCUCAAGAAUGAAUCAAAGAUUGAUAGUAUUCUGGACCAUAUACUGACAACUGGUCCUACAAAUAAUACUCAACAGGCAACGUCAUUUGCCUGCCAGUCACAGAUUAAGAAUCUACUAUACCUAUACAACUCGGAGUCCAGGAUCGAUAGGAACAUGGAUCCCUUGAUGUGGUGGAAGGCAAACAUAAAGUACAGUUCCCUGUACGCCAUUGUUCGGGCAUUUUUAUCGGCUCCAGCAGCAAGUGUGGCUAGCGAAAGCCUAUUUAAAAAGUCUGCUCACUUGUAUCAUGAUAUGCGAACGGGUCUGUGUGCCGAAAGUGCAUCCAAGAUAUUACUGAUAAAGUCUAACUAUGGUAAUUCAGACAUCAAGGAGUAGAGCAAAUUACUGGGAGCAAUACCAAUUAGUGAAAAC